AUGAAGUGUACACGCUUACUUAUAUCGUGUUUUUCCUGGCGAAGUCCUUCUGAUGAGUACGCUCCUUUAACAGAUCGAUUUUUCCAGGCUGUUACCAUUCGAAAAGACAAAAGGGAAGAUCUGCUUUCGAAGCGUCGCAACAUCAAUGUCCCGGAUGAGAAUUAUGCAUGGACAUCGACCCAGAAGGGUACAUUUGACAGUAACAUGCUUCAUCAGAUCGUUAUGAUGGCACGAAGUGAUGACCCUGCAAUCAAGCUUGGAGCUGUCCAACAGGCCCGCAAAAUGUUGUCUUCCGAUCGAAAUCCGCCUAUCGACGACCUCAUUUCGAGCGAUAUCCUUCCCAUUCUCGUCAACUGCCUCGUUUCGGACGAUGUAAAUCUACAGUUUGAGGCGGCAUGGGCUCUGACCAACAUCGCUUCGGGAACCUCCGAACAAACGCAGGCCGUUGUUAGUGAACGCCGGUGCUGUCCCAUUAUUUCUCGAAUUGCUCUCAAGUGGCAAUAUGAAUGUUUGUGA